GCUUGGCAAAGCACCAAGUAGAGAGCGGAUGAGGAGGGCGCGAGCCACUUGAGCGGCAGGCCGCGCAGCCAGUAGGACUGCCCAGCAAGCGGAACGCCUCCGACGAGGAACGAGUUCGGCGAAGGCGGAACGUCGCCUUUGACUGAUAGCCGCUUUCGCCCAAUGGCGGGCGGGGAGACCGGGAGCCUUCCUUGACCGACGUCCCGUUCGCCCAAUGGAGCGCCAGGCAGCCGGGAGGUCAUCCUCAGAGCGGCAAGCGGCCUCGCCAAUGAGGGGGCCCGGGGCCGGGCCGGAGCGGAGAAGCAGGAAGCGGCCGAGGAGGCGGAGGCCGCCCCGCAGUCGGGAGAGGGGCCUGGCGGGGAGCCUGAGGAGCCGCUGGGCGAGCUGCCCCUCUCCGAGACGGACGCGACGCCGGGCCGCUCCAGGGAGCCGGAGUCGAGCAGAGCUUUCUGAAUCCUUCGCCAUGGGGGACAUGAAAACCCCAGAUUUUGACGACCUCCUGGCGGCUUUUGACAUUCCCGACAUCGACACCAACGAGGCCAUCCACGAGGAGGCGGAGGCACACAUCAAGCCCAUCCCGGUGGAGGCGGUGGUCCCCGAACACGUCCUCCCUCACGCCGACAUCACCACGGUCAGCGUCAUCGUGAAGAACACCGUCUGCCCUGAGCAGCUGGAGCCCGUGGACGGACGCGUCAAAGACAGCCACGUCGUCGGGCCGCGCCUGCUGCAGAACGGCUUCUCUGCCCCCGAGGCACUCCAUUCCUCCCCCACGCGCCCCACAGAAGGGGUGGCCACCGCCAACGGAGAGUGUUGGACCCCCAAAGAAAAGGGGGCCAAAAGCCUGGACCUCUUUUCCCAUUUCAGCCCCGACCCACCUGAGGACAGUGAGGCAAACCUCAUUGACCAGCCGCGAGAAUGCAAGCCCAAGGAGAAGGGUCCCCUCUCCCCGCCCCACGUGCUUCCUUCGGUCCCCCCGCUGGCCUGCCACGAGCUGUCGGCAGGGGAGGCCGCAGGGCCUCUCCCUCCAACAUUCCCACAGUCCUUUGAAGGAUGCCCAGCCGGCGGAGGUGUGGGCCUCCCUCCAACCCCUGCUGCUCCCCCGGUGCCCCCAGCCAUCAAACAGGAAUCCGAUUGUGAGACGCCCUGCCAGGGGGCCAGUCCACUGGGCCGCCCAAAGCCCGGUUCUAUUUGCUACCCUACAGACGGUUCCCCCAUAGCACCCUGGCCGGGCUCAGACGCAAACCUCUGCGUCGGCUCCCAUGGCACCCCAGAGGUCAAGCGCUCUCCCUCCAGCCCCGGGGACUCACUCUUCAAAAGCUCUCCUCCAGAGGCAGAAGCAAGCCCCGGGCCCUCCACCUCCCCCAAACAUUCCAGCGUUGGGACACUGAAGGAGGAGCCCAUUGAGAAGCCUGUGCAGUGCCCGCCGGAUGCGUCCAGUGAGGAAGAGGACGAGGACGAGAGUGCUGGUUCCCCCUCAUCCAAUUCUUCGCGGCCCCUGAAAGUGAGGAUCAAAACCAUCAAGACUCCGACCGGAAGCAUCACCAGGACGGUCACCAGGGUCUCCUCCGACACGGAGCCGGGAGCCGCCAAGCCGCCUUCGGACCACGACUCGCAAGAGGCCGCUCCCGCCGAGGACGCCGUGCCCCCCGCCUCUGCGGAAAAGGAAGAAGGGGCCGCCGGGCCUCCCAGCCCCAAAGCGGUGGCCGCCAGCCCCGCGAAGGUUGUGGAGGGGCCCAAAGUGGUCAGCGUGCAGCUGGGGGACGGGACCAAGAUCAAAGGGACGGUGCUGCCCGUCUCCACCAUCCAGAACGCCAGCAGCGCCAUGCUGAUGGCCGCCAGCGUGGCCCAGCAGAAGGCAGUGGUGCUGCCCAGCAAGGCCAUGGCCAAGAACAUCGUCAGCCUGGUGCCGCAGGCCCUCCCCAAGGCUGGCGUGGUGGCGGCGGCGGCCCAGGCGGGCGGCGCCAGCCAGAAGGUCAACGGCACCACGGUGGUGGUGAUGCAGCAGUCCCAGAAGUCCUCGCCCACCGUGGCCGGCACGGUCAUCUCCCGCAGCCAGUCCAGCCUGGUGGAGGCCUUUAACAAGAUCCUGAACAGCAAGAACCUGCUGCCCAUCUACAAGCCCAACCUGGCGCCCCCGGCGGACUCCAGCCUGACCCUCCCGCCGCUCGGGUACCGGUGCCUGGAGUGCGGAGACGCCUUCGCCCUGGAGAAGAGCCUGGCGCGGCACUACGACCGGCGCAGCAUGCGCAUCGAGGUGACCUGCAACCACUGCACCAAGCGCCUGGUCUUCUUCAACAAGUGCAGCCUGCUCCUCCACGCCCGCGAGCACAAGGACAAGGGCCUGGUCAUGCAGUGCUCCCACCUGGUCAUGCGCCCCAUCGCGCUGGACCAGAUGAUCGGGCAGCCCGACAUCACCCCGCUGGUCUCCCUGGCCUCCCUGAACGCCAGCAAGGCCGCGGCAGCGGCCGCCGUCGCCCAGGAAGGCACGGCCAGCGGGGCGGCCACGCACGACCCGCCCGUCCUCCCCUUGAACGGCAGCGCCGAGCAGGCCACCACCAACUCCUGCCAGUGCCUGGAGUGCAAGGAGCCCUGCAAGGACAAAGCCGGCCUCGCAGGCCACUUCCAGCAAGCCACAGCCUCCGCCUCCACGGUGUGCAACGCCUGCCCUAUGAUUAUGCCGAACCGGUGCAGCUUCGGCGCCCACCAGCGCAUGCACAAGAACCGCCCGCCUCACGUCUGCCCCGAGUGCGGGGGCAACUUCCUCUUGGCCAACUUCGAGGCCCACCUGAAGGAAGCCUGCCUCCAUUUCUCCCGGAGGAUAGGCUACAGGUGCCCGAGCUGCUCGGUCGUCUUUGGCGGAGUGAACUCCAUCAAGUCCCACAUCCAGACGUCUCACUGCGAGGUUUUCCACAAGUGCCCCAUCUGCCCCAUGGCGUUCAAGUCAGCCCCCAGCGCUCAUGCCCAUAUUUACACCCAGCACCCAGGCUUCAGCAACCAGCAGUCCAAGAUGAUCUUCAAGUGUGCCAUGUGCGACACGGUCUUUACCCACAAGCCCUUGCUCUCCUCCCACUUCGACCAGCACCUGCUCAACCAGAGGGUCAGCGUCUUCAAGUGCCCAGACUGCCCUCUUCUUUUCGCCCAGAAGCGUACGAUGCUGGAGCACCUGAAGAGCACCCACCAGCCCCAGAAACCCAAAGAGGACCCCGCCAAGAAGCCAGUCGCUGCCCCACUCACCCCCAAGCAGGAGCCGGCCGAAGAGGAGCCCCCGCCGCCUGUCUCCAAGCUCUCGGAGUCGUCGUCGUCCUCUUCGGAAGACGAGGAGCCGCCCAGCUCCCCGGAGCUGCGGAAGAGUAAGCGGGGCCGCUUCCAGCGCAAGUCAGAGAGUGGAGGGCGCUCCCGGAGCAACGGCUGCACCUGCGGGAUCUGCCACUCCUGGUUCCCGGAGCGGGACGAGUAUGUCCUGCACAUGAAGAAGAUCCACGGGAAGUGCGUAAAGAAGUUCCCAUGCCACCUGUGCGAGAGAUCCUUCUGCUCCUACCCCAGCCUCCGGAGACACGUCCGCGUGAACCACGAGGGCAUCAAACGUGUCUACCCCUGCCGGUACUGCACAGAAGGCAAGCGGACUUUCAGCAGCCGCCUCAUCCUUGAGAAACACAUUGAGGUGCGUCAUGGCAUCAAGGUGACUGACGAGACCCGCAGCCAAGAGGUGCUGAUCACCCGCAUGGGUGCCAGGAACUCGCAGGCGUCUGGCCGGAAGCGGAAGCUCUCCGACGAAGGGGACUCGUGCAGCGAGGAGCCGGACAGCACCACCCCGCCUUCGAAGACCCCCAGGGGCGACCGGAAGUUCCACUGCCGCAAGUGCGGCUACGUGGCGUGUUCGGCGGCCGACUUCCAGGAGCACAUCCCCCAGCACAGGACAGGGGAGAGCGCCCACCAGUGUCGCGAGUGCGGGCUCUGCUUCACCUCUCAGGUCUCCCUCAACCGCCACCGCUUCAUCACCCACAAGAAGAAGCGGGGGUCGGGCGACGCGGGGGGCUCCAGCCCCCGGGGGGGCGACGCCGAGGAAGGCUCCCCGCCGGCCGAAGAGGGGAAGCUCUCCUGCACCGUCUGCGGCAAGGGCUUCGACACCCAGCUCAACCUCAAGACUCACUUCCGCACCCACGGAAUGGCCUUCAUCAAAGCCCGGCAGAACGUGGGGGCAGAGAACUAGUUUGGGGGGGGGGAGCAGGAGUGUGUGCACAGGAGGCUCUGCCUUGCCCCUCUGCCACCCAGGGACAGCGGUCGGAGGUUGAUCAGCGCCCCGAGGUCUGGGUGGGAGCAGUGGUGCACCCCCCCAAAUGCCUCACUUCUUAAUAAGCUGUGAUUGUGAGGGGGGGGGGCGGCAAGGAGCCUUAUUUAUAAGCAGCUGUCUCUGCUGUUGGCUUGGGACCUCGGUUGUGGGGUGUCUUGUUACUGUUUUUUAUGAACUCCUUCAGUUUGGGGUUAUACCAUGGGGCAGAAGGCAAGGAAGCAGCAUUAUACCUGGCGGUGCUGAGGAAUAGGACCCUGAGCCCCAGUGGAUUAAAGCUGCUUUGCGCAGGGGUGACUGCCUUGCCUUUGCUGGCAAGAACUUCCCGUCGGCUUUGCUUGCUGGUCACUGGAAAAGGCAGGCGAAGCCUCGCGAUGCUCCUCUUCUUCCUUUCCUCUUCCUCCUCCCUGCCCAGGGGCACUAAGCCAUCCCAGUGCACGACCCUGUUGCGUUGCCCCCUUGGUGCUGCCACCGCCACCCUCCCUCCCUCCCCUCUGAUUUUGCCCCCUCCCGCUCUUUCCACCACCCCCUUUCCUCCCCUCCAGGAUUUCCAAAAGCUUCCUGGGUUUUAGUUCUUCUCUUCCCUCCUCGAAAGAGGGAUUCGUUUCAGCUUCACCUUUCCUGUUUUGUCGUCAUUUUUUGUUUCUUUAAUCAUGUUUGCAGCUGCAGGACGGGAAGUCGCAAUUAGCUACAGGUUAGUGCCUCUGUUCUCCCCUUGCCCUUCUCAGUCGGAAUCAUGGCUUGAUUCUUCCGCCUCUCCGAAGCACGGCGUUCCCCUCCGCCCUCCUUCGCUGCUGAUCGUAAUACUGACUCCUUUUUUCGUGCAUUAGCGCUACCCUUUCCAAGCCAUUCCAAGGGGCAGAGUUUUAAAAAGCAAACCAAACACACACAGCCCCCAACACUAUUGGUGUUUGGCUCACAGUGUGUGUUGUGUUGAUGAGAAUCCAGACCCAGGAAUGGGGGUUAUCUGGGAUGCCAGUCUCGCAACCCUGAGCACUGGGCAUGUUGGCUGCUGGGAGUUGGGAGUCCAGCAGCGUUUGGGGAGGGCAGAGGCUUCUCCAUCGCUGUUACAAUGGGCAUUCGGUCAGCAGUCAUUGCCCCCUGCAUCCCAGACCUACCUGCCAAACUAUGUGCCACGUCUUCCAGCUUUUCCCAAGUGGUUGAACAGAGAAUGAAAACGGGGGUUAGGAGGCAGAUAAGGCUCUGUGUUUGCGUGUCAGCUGAAGGGUGGAGGUGGGGACCUCCAGAAGGUUCAAAACAGGGAGUGGGUGUUCUUUUAUUGAGCUCUGGGAUCCACAGCGAUAACUUCCUAAUAUUCCUGGUGGCCAGGAAAAUCCAUUUAUGGGGAGGUGUUGACUGGAGGCAGAGGGGGAUGGUUAAUAUUGCCUCCACCCUCCCCUUAAAAUGGCUUAACAGAAAACGAAAAGGCAGUUGUAGUGACCAGAUACAUGUCUCCGUGGCAACAGACCUACCCAGGUGGAGGGAUACGGACACGGCUGUAACUUUUCCAGCUACAGCUGGGGGAUUCAAACGCUUGCACACUUCUCCCCCCCCCCUUGCAUAAAAUGCUGGUGCCCCAUUUCUGCCCUUAAUUGCAAAAGGGUUAGGAAGGCAUCACUUGACCCCGUCCUCAAUCCUGUGCUCUUCCACCACUCAUGUCCAAUUUCAGUGGGGCUCUCCCAGGAGAGAAUUUUACGAUGGACAGUCCAGUCAAUCUCUUGAUUAAGGUCAAUGACCCGUGUUUAAAACAAACAAAUCAAACCUUUGUGCAAAUAUAUAGCACACCUCCCCAUCCUCUCUGUCGACACUUAAUGGCAUGCCAGCCUCCCCUGGCGGUUGGAUCAGCUGCAUUAAUCAUGUAUUGACAAACUUCACUGCCAAAGGGGGUGUUUGUCUGUAUCAUGCUGAUUUAGCAAUUAAUCAUGAUCUUGAGUCUCUGCCCUCACCCUCCACCUCAAAAACCCCACUGCCUCCAGAACGAACUUGAAGUCCCUUCUGUAGAUGAUCAUUCCGAGGUUUUGUGACCAAGAAAACAGCAUACAAUGCCGCCUCUUUAUUCUAACAAACAUUGAGCCUCCAGCUUCAUAUUUCAAUAAAGGUUUGAAAAGCGGCAGUUCUGUGCUUUUAAAAAAAAACACCCUCCCAUAAUCAGAUCAUGUGUAAAGGUUUGUGAGGGGGUACUUUUGUGCUUUGUCUAAAAGGAAACCAUGGAAGGGAGUCUCGUAGAUCUCUUUUUUUAAAAAAAUAAUGUGCACAAGUGAUUAUUUUAGUAACUUGGAUUUUCUUUAUUUGUCUUUGACUCGUCACUAAUUCUUAUUAACCCAGCGUGUGUCCUUUAAACAAAUCUGUUAACAUACACUUUUUUUUAACUAAAAAGAAAAACGAAAAAGGUAAUGAGUGUUGUAAUGUCCUGUUUCUGAAAAUAUUAGUUUGCACAUCCGUUAAAUUCGUUUUAGAGAAGUAGAAAAGAUGGAGGCCCUUUUCAGUUGUCAAAUGGUUAGAGCAGGGAGAAGUUGACUGUGGCCCGUCUAAGUCACUGUUUCGCAAACUUAAAAUAACCGCACUCCCCUCCUGAGAGUUUAGUUUUCCUGGCUUGCCCCUUCUCGGGUGAAGAUAAGUUGGGUGUAGUUUUAAUAAUAAUGUUUUUAAUCUUUGAAAUUUUUUUUUGCAGCUUAAAAAAAAAAAGCCUGUGCUAAAGUAAAAGGAAAAAAAAUCUCUGUACCCUUUGAAACCCUUUCACAUACCCCUGUUGGGGCGCAGGUACCACACUUGGGGAAACACGGCUCUAAAACAACCUUUGCCAACCUUGCGCCCUCCAGAUGGCUGGGGGCUGAUGGGAGUUGUAGUUCCCAACAUCUGACUGCCUUAGGCCUCUGUCACCUCUUGGCCAUAGGGCUAUUCAGGCAGUAAGCGGCAUAGCUAAAUAUCUAGAGGGCCACCAGCUUCCCAUCCCUGAGCCAGAGAAGAAGAAGGGUGGGGUGGCUGAAAGUUAUGUUUCCGAUCUUUAGACUGUUUUAACUUUUUUAAUCCCAACCAGACCUUCCAGGCAAGAGCGUAGGCCAGAGAAAUGGACGCUUUUCAUUACUGUGUUCACACUUGCUUAAGAAGGAAAGAUGGCUCUUCAUAGAACUGGGCUCCAUCUGGUUCUCCCCAUCUCCUCCUCCUCCUCCUUUGGCAGUGGAGUUGUAGAUUCUGUGGGCAGGAUGAGCAGAGCACUCUGCUGUUGUGACCUACGGAUCCGAGUUCGAAUGCUCCCCUCGCCCUCUCUGCCACCAUCUGCUUUUAAUGCCCUUUUCCCCCCUUAGCACCAGAACUGGUUUUGGCAACCUUCCGCAAUGGGUCUCAACCCCACUCCUCAAUCUGCAUGUAAGUCAGUCCUCCGGCACCCAUAUGGGAUCCUACUUCCUUGUAAACAUGCCAAGGCAAGAGGGGCUGAGUGGUUAGCGAAGUGAGUAAGGGUGUGGGUUGUCUGUGGUGCAGCAGCUUGCACGCUCAAAGCCCCAGAUGUUCAGUGGUACUUUGCACAAUCCUGGUGGGUGCAGAUUUGAGAGGUGGGAUUUCCACUCUAGCAGGGACAUGGGAUUCUGUUCUGUCUUAUUUGUCUCCUCCUCGAGUCCAGCUUGGGAAAUGCAGUGGAGAUCCAACAUAAGGGCUGGAGAGGGAGCCAGACAAUAAAUUCACAUUUUUCCCCCCUACAGAACUUCUGUAACAUCAGCUAUGUGAUUGCAGUCCUCAUAAUGUCUUUUAAAAAAUAAUCAUAUCCACUCUACCAUUAUGUGGGGAUGCUUUUUGGAAAUAAGCUGUUUCACCAGAGCAGAAUUGAGGGUGAUGAGGAGGAGGAAGAUCAGUACUGUUUAGUUCCUUCCCAUGAAUCUUGUAUGAUGAACUUAGCUUCCUAACUAUUCACCUGAUGGUUCUCCCCCUGUCCCACUCCUCCUCCUCCUCCUCCUCCUAAGUAAAACAUGUUCAUUUAUUUUAGGCAACUUCUUGUCUCUGUUAAACACCUACUUAACUCAUCUUCCACCCCACCCCCUUUUAAUUUAAAGAAAAAAGAUUUUUUAAAAAGAAAAUAGCUGAAAGUGUAAAUGAUGUUUCAUAGAAUUUUCUUACCGUUUUAGGGGCUACGGAAGAGAAUCGAUUGCUUUGUAAUUAUUGAAGAUUGACUUCCAAACCUAACCCCCCCCUUUCUUUUCUUACCUUGCACGCACUUCAGUGCCUUUAGGUAUAUCUUGUGGGCUUUUUAAAAAACAAAAAACAAAAAAGAAGAUUCUGAAUUCUGUAUAUUUGUUUUCUAGCAGGUGAAAAACUACGGAGGGUCAUGGGAGGUUCAGGGGGGUCACGACUGUGAACUGAAUAUUAUGCUACAUUAAAAAAAAAAUUGGUCACUGAAAAAGUCUCUCAGGUUAACUCCUUUCACUGUACUGAUAAUGCAAUUAAAAACUUCUAGUGGUUUAACCCCU